AUGGCUUACAACAAAUCCUGCAUCACUGUGAGUGACAGUUCUCUGACAAAUGUUUAAUGAUUCCAAUUGAAAUACCAGUCUGUAAUGCUACGGUGCUUAUAGCAAUAUUUUCAUGAUGAAACAAUAUGCCACACAUGGUCAAAAAGCCAUUGAACAGAAUCAGCUGCACAGAAUCAGUGGCUGUCUUUACUCGCAUAUCUAUGUACAGAAACGCUAAAUAAACCUGAACUUGAAGAUAUACUGUACACGUCUGAUCAUGCCCCUGCUCCCUGUGUUGUCAGAAUGAGUCGGACGUGUUGAAGUGGGUGGUGCAUAAGGAGUUUGGCGAGCUACGACGCUGCCUGGAGCUGGAAGAGGCGAGCUUCAUACAGUGUGUGGAGAGCACGGCCGCGGGCUUUUUCUCCUCCAUCCAGAGGCAGACCGAUGACCUUACACACACGCUGGCAAAGUUCAAGGAGGCCGAGGGCACGCUGGAGGCCCUGAGCAACGACAGCCACCUGGGUUUCAUCACGGUGGGUGCUGUUGUUAGCCAUGUCACUAUUUAGAACCAGGGUUCUCUGACUGGUCCUGGAGAGCUAGUAGUGUGUGCAGGCUUUUGUUCUUGCCCUACACACCCCUGAUUAAGCCAGUCAAGGUCCAGAGGAGCAGCUGAUCAGUAGAUGCAGGUGUGUUAGAGCAGGGCUGGAACAAAAUACUGCAGGAGGGUAGCUACCCAGGAGGAUGGUUGGCCACACCAUAUUAACACCUUCUGUAAGGCUAUUAAUUAGUUAGCUACCGCCCUCAGGGCGAAGGUACAGAAUACUCCACAAACUGGGGCCGUAAGUCAUUGGUUCUACUCAGUGCUUCUUCGCUACUUGCAGCUCAGUGACAUUUUCAGAGUUUGGGCCAAAAACAUGUAAGAGGUUAUUAAGGAAGAUGAUGAUUUCAUCAGCUUUUUACAUUGCUUUUCCUUUGCAGAAAUAUGGAUAUAUUGCUCCAAGGUAAGAAUGUCCAGGUUCUUCUGUUGGGAUUUUCAAAACUGAAAUUAAAUGUACAUUGCAGGAACUUUGCUGCAAGAAGCAAAUAUCUCUAUCUGCUUCAUAUCUCACACCGUAUUAAAUGUUUUAAAUUGAAGUUCAGUUGGUACCUCCAUAUUUCAUACAGUUUUCCUUUGUUUUGUGCCUACUGAACAUGACCCUGAUCUUUGGUCCAGAUUUCGAGAGUGUCAGCAGAUACAGCAGAGAGAGGAGAAAACAUACAGCUCCAUUAACUUCAAACCAGGCUUCAAUCACAACGAUAUCAAGAUCUCUGUGUGGAAACGUUUACACAGGAAGGUCCUUCCAGGUAAGAAGACAUAGAGACAUACCCUGUUCCAAUCAAUGAAGUCAGUGGUUCUGUUUUACCAUCACUGUUGGUUCCUCCGUUCUUACUGCUAUCACAUGAAGGUACAGGUGAAAGCAGUGUUUCACCACAUAGAUGUAACUUUUUUUUAGACGUGUUCUUUUUUAUUUUUAUAUUGGGGUAUUUUAAUUUGAUUGCGACAGAGAUAGGUGGAAAUGGGCAGGGAGACAGAAGCAGUGGAGCCGGGAUUCGUACCCACGCUGGGUUACCACCCAGUGCUUUCAGAAAGUAUUCACACCCCUUUUGUUGUGUUACAGCCUGAAUUUAAAAUGGAUUACAUUUGGAUUUUUUUGUCACUGGCCUACACACAAUACCCCAUAAUGUCAAAGUGGAAUUAUGUUUUUCGAAAUUUCUACAAAUUAAUAAAAAAUGAAAAGCUGAAAUGUCUUGAGUCAAUAAGUAUUCAACCCCUUUGUUAUGGCAAGCCUAAAUAAGUUCAGGAGUAAAAAUGUGCUUAACAAGUCACAUAAUAAGUUGCAUGGACUCUGUGUGCAAUAAUAGUGUUUAUCAUGAUUUUUGAAUGACUACCUCAUCUCUGUGCUGCACACAUACCAUUAUCUGUAAGGUCCCUCAGUCGAGCAAUGAAUUUGAAACACAGAUUCAACCACAAAGACCAGGGAGGUUUUCCAGUGCCUCACAAAGAAGGGCACGUAUUAGUAGAUGGGUAAAAAAUAAAAAUAAAAAACAGACAUUGAACAUCCCUUUGAGCAGGGUGAAGUUAUUCAUUACAAUUUGGAUGGUUAAUCAAUACACCUAGUUACUACAAAUAUACAGGCGUCCUUCCUAACUCAGUUGCCGGAGAGGAAGGAAACCACUUAGGGAUUUCACCAUGAGGCCAAUGGUGUCUUUAAAACAGUUACAGAGUUGAAUGGCUGUGAUAGGAGAAAACUGAGGAUGGAUCAACAACAUUGUAGUUACUCCACAAUACUAACCUAAUUGACAGAGUGAAAAGAAGGAAGCCUGUACAGAAUACAAAUAUUCCAAAACAUGCAUCCAGUUUGCAACAAGGCACUAAAGUACUACUGCAAAAUAUAUGGCAAAGCAAUUAACUUUUUGUCCUGAAUACAAAGUGUUAGGUUUGGGGCAAAUCCAAUACAACACAUUACUGAGUACCACUAUCCAUAUUUUCAAGCAUAAUGGUGGCUUCAUCAUAUUAUGGGUAUGCUUGUAAUCGUUAAGGACUGGGGAGUUUUUCAGGAUAAAAAAGAAACUGAAUGGAGCUAAGCACAGGUAAAAUCUUAGAGGAAAACUUGAUUCAGUCUGCUUUCCACCAGACACUGGGAGAUGAAUUCACAUUUCAGCAGGACAAUAACCUAAAACUCAAGGCCAGAUCUACACUGGACUUUCUUACCCAGAAGACAGUGAAUGUUCCUGAGUGGACGUGUUACAGUUUUGACUUAAAUCUACUGGAAAUUCUAUGGCAAGACCUGAAAAUGGUUGUCUAGCAAUGAUCAACAACCAAUUUGACAGAGCUUGAAGAAUUUUACAUUUACAUUUUUUUACAUUUUAGUCAUUUAGCAGACGCUCUUAUCCAGAGCGACUUACAGUUAGUGAGUGAAUACAUUAUUUGUAAUUUUUUGUACUUUCCCCCCGUGGGAAUCGAACCCACAACCCUGGCGUUGCAAACACCAUGCUCUACCAACUGAGCUACAUCCCUGCCGGCCAUUCCCUCCCCUACCCUGGACGACGCUGGGCCAAUUGUGCGCCGCCCCAUGGGUCUCCCGGUCACGGCCAGCUACGACAGAGCCUGGAUUCGAACCAGGAUCUCUAGUGGCACAGCUAGCACUGCAAUGCAGUGCCUUAGACCACUGCGCCACUCGGGAGCAACCUGAUUUUGCAAAGAAUAAUGGACAAAUGUUGCACAAUCCAGGUGUGGAAAGCUCUUACAGACUUACCCAGAAAGACUCACAACUAUAAUCGCUGCCAAAUGUGCUCCUACAAAGUAUUGACUCAGGGAUGUGAAUACUUACGUAAAUUAUAUAUUUCUGUACUUAUUUUCCACUAAAUUAGCAAAAAUGUCUAAAAACAUGUUUUCCCUUUGUCAUUAUGGGGUAUUGUGUGUAGAUGGGUGAGAAAUAAAUAAUAUUUAAUCCAUUUUGAAUUCAGGCUGUAACACAACAAAAUGUGGAAUAAGUCAAGGGGUAUGAAUACUUUCUGAAGGCACUGUAUGUGCUUCAGGCGGCAGCGUAACCUUUAGACCAGCCUCAGGCACAGAGACGUGUUCUUUAAUUGGAAUUCUCAUUCACUUCCAACAUUGACUGAAAAAUGGCACAAAUAGAUACGUCAAACUCAAGAACAUAGUAGGAAGUUAAAAUGUAAUCCAAGCCAUAUCCUGCUCCAGGAGUAUGAUAAUAACAUACUGUAUUUGCUGUGUGUUAGUGUGGGUCUCUGUCUGUGUGUUUAUUUCCCUCUCUCUCUGGCUCUGUCCGCAGCCCCAGAGUGCCUGAAGCUGGAUCCCCUCACAGCCCACCCCAUGCUAGAUCUCAGCCUGGGAGACACUGUGGUGGAGUGUGGAGCUCUUCUGAAGCGGCUCGCCAACAACCCUGAGCGCUUCAGCUACAGCUACUGUGUGCUGGCCAGCCAGGGCUACUGGGAGGUGUAUGUGGGAGACAAGCCCAAGUGGCACCUGGGGCUGAUAAAGGGCACUGCCGGCCGCAAGGCCAAGCUCCCCAAGAGCCCAGAAAGCGAUGUGUGGCUGAUCGGCCUGAAAGAGGGCCAUGUGUAUGAGGCCUUCGCCAGCCCGCGCGUCACUCUGCCCCUGGUCACUCAACCCACCAAGGAUCGGGGUGUUCCUGGACUACGAGGGCGGAGCGCUGACCUUCUACAACGCAGACAGUCCAGAUGAGCUGGGGGUCAUCUAUACAUACAACACAGAGCUGCAGGGGAAGGUGUACCCGCUGUUUGACUUGUGCUGGCAUGAGCGGGGUGCCAACAAGCACCCCAUCUCCCUGCCUCAGCCCCACAAGGACAAAUAA